AUGGGUUCAUUAACGCUAAUACUGUCUGUUUGCGUUGUCUUCGUGGCAGUCUACAGGGCAGACGCUGCGAGCACAGGCUGCCCACUGGCAUCCAAGACUUACAGCUGCAGCCCCAAGUGCCAGCAGAACUAUGAUUGCAGCCACGGCAAGAUCUGCUGCCCCAACUCCUGCAACGCCAAGUCCUGCAUAGAUGCCGCUGCGUUUGGCAAUUCUGGCGGAAACGACAAAUACUCUCAGUCUGGCGGUCCCGGGGUAUAUUGCAACAACGUGAAAUGCAACGCCUUCGAGUGGACUGGACGUAUUUCUGACACCGUCACACCAUACAAGACAUACAAGAGGAACAGGAGCUCCUGUUCCUCGUGUAUGUCUGUUCUGUUCCUCCUAGCAGCUGCUAGGAGGAACAGCUGCGCGCUUUUCAUGAGGAACAAGCACGUAGACUGGAGGAAGAAGCGUAUAACGAGG